AGACAGAUUACAUACCGCAAAUAGAUCUGAUCUUAUCUCACUGACUUGUCUUUGUAUUUCCUCCACAACAAUGCUCAUUUUCUCUGUAUUCAAGACCUUGACCGACCAGCAAGUCACCGUCGAGCUCAAGAAUGAUCUCUCAAUAACUGGUGUACUCAAAUCUGUUGACCAGUUUUUAAACAUUCGUUUGGAUAACAUUCAGGUCUUGGAUCCAGCUAGACAUCCACACAUGAUGGCAGUGAAAAACUGUUUUAUACGUGGCUCUGUCGUUCGUUAUGUGCAGCUUCCAGGGGAAAAUGUUGAUACCCAAUUGCUUGAAGAUGCGACACGACGAGAAGCUCAGGCGCAAGCCAAACGGUAGUGCCAGUUCUAGAUGCAAGUACUUACGAUUCGGUUUUUCAUGCUAGUGUAUGUUAUAGAGUGUGCUA